AUGGACAAACUCAGAACAUUCUUCGACAAGCCCUUCUUCGACCCGCGCCACAAGACCAAGGUCCACAUCCUCCAGCUCGUCCUCAUGACCACCGCCAUCAUCCUCACCAUCGCGCGCAUGGCCAUGCCCGUGAUCACAACGCGAGCCAACAUGAUGGCCCUCACCAUGGGCAUCAAAUCCUUCAUCAUCAUCGGCUACCAGCUCCUCACCGCGCACAAGGAGCGCUUCAAGAAGUGGGCCUCGCUCAAGGCCAACGCGAUCCUUAACACAAUGGAGAUUGUGUUCUGGUUCGUCGCGUUCGGGCUGUUGUUCUCGGCGAACACGACGUUCUGCACGGGGGCGAGUUGUGCGCUGAGUUGGAUCGUGACGCUGCUUUGCGCGGUGUUGAUCGUUCUCGCUUUCCAGACGUCGGUCGUGUCCAUCAAGGAGUUUCGGUAUUUCAAGAACUAUGGGGUUACAUACGAAACGAAUUAUCCAAAGGUUUAG